UCUCUGUGAAUCAGUCUUUCCCCUUUUUGGAAGUGGUUUAUCAGACAGUUAUAAACUGAUAAACCAAUUAUAUAUAAUCCAACAUUGUCAUCAUUUCAACAUAUAUCCCAUUUAUUUAUAAAAAAAAAAGAAGAAGAAAAGAAACCCCAUAUAUGACAAUGGGAGUUACUAACUUGUUUCUAUUUAUAAUUGCAUCAAUUGUCCCUUUGGCUGCUUUAGCAGGUGGUCAUGAUUAUGGCCAGGCAUUGUCUAAAAGCAUUCUCUUCUUUGAAGCUCAAAGAUCUGGUUAUCUCCCUCGUAAUCAAAGAGUUAACUGGAGAGGCAACUCUGGUCUUCUUGAUGGCAAAGCUAGUGGGGUGGAUCUAGUUGGAGGGUACUAUGAUGCAGGGGACAAUGUGAAGUUUGGGCUGCCAAUGGCAUUCACAGUCACGAUGAUGUCAUGGAGCAUUUUGGAAUAUGGUUCACAAAUGUCGUCUAGCGGUGAGCUUGGUCACGCCAUGGAUGCAGUUAAAUGGGGAACUGAUUAUCUUAUCAAGGCUCACCCCGAACCUAAUGUGUUAUAUGGAGAAGUUGGAGAUGGUAACACGGAUCAUUACUGUUGGCAACGCCCCGAAGAUAUGACAACUUCAAGAAGUGCUUAUAGAAUUGAUGAAAAUAAUCCGGGAUCUGACUUGGCUGGAGAAACCGCGGCAGCUAUGGCCGCGGCUUCUAUAGUGUUCCACAGGUCUAACCCGGCUUAUUCAAGAGAGCUUCUAAAUCAUGCUCACCAGCUCUUCCAUUUUGCCGACAAGUAUAGGGGCAAAUAUGACAGUAGCAUCUCCGUGGCACAGAAAUAUUACAGAUCAGUCAGUGGAUACGCCGAUGAGUUACUUUGGGCAGCUGCUUGGUUGUACAAGGCAACAAAUGAGCAGUAUUACUUGAAUUACUUGGGUGAAAAUGGUGAUAACCUUGGUGGAACAGGAUGGGCUAUGACCGAAUUCGGUUGGGAUGUUAAGUAUGCCGGUGUCCAGACCCUCGUUUCUAUGUUUUUAAUGGGCGGGAGAGCCGGUAGUCACUCUCCAGUGUUCGGGAAGUACCAAGAAAAGGCGGAGAUGUUCAUGUGUUCCUGCAUGGGUAAAAGUAAUCACAAUGUUCAAAAGACUCCUGGAGGUCUAAUUUUUAGGCAGAGAUGGAACAAUUUACAGUUUGUUACAAGUGCCUCUUUUCUUCUCGCUGUAUACUCUGACCACUUGACUGCUGCCCGAAAAGACUUGCAAUGUGCUUCCGGUAGUGUUGCCCCAUCAGAGCUGCUUGCAUUUGCAAAGUCUCAGGUGGACUAUAUUCUUGGAGACAACCCAAGAGCUACAAGCUACAUGGUUGGAUAUGGAAACCACUACCCACAACAAGUUCACCACCGUGGUUCUUCCAUUGUGUCGGUUAAGGUUAACCCAUCGUUUGUUAGCUGCAGAGGUGGUUAUGCAACAUGGUUUAGCCGAAAAGCAAGUGACCCAAACCUAUUGACUGGUGCCAUUGUUGGUGGUCCUGAUGCCUAUGACAACUUUGCUGACCAUAGGGACAAUUAUGAGCAGACUGAGCCUGCCACUUAUAACAAUGCACCACUUCUUGGAGUCUUGGCUAGGCUAAAUGGUGGUCAUAGUAGCCAUAACCAGCUCCUUCCAGUUGAAAUUCCUCUUCACAAGCCUAUAGCUGUUCAUCCAACCCCAGCACCAAAGGCUAAAGUUUCUCCAUCUUCAUCUCCAAUUGAUAUCGAUCAAAAGGCAACAACUUCAUGGGAAUCAAAUGGGAAAACAUACUAUAGAUACUCAGCUAUAGUGACCAACAAUUCAGGAAAGACAAUCAAGAAUUUCAACCUAAAUGUUUCCAAGCUCUAUGGGCCACUUUGGGGUCUCACCAAGACCGCGGGUGGUUCAUACGGGCUGCCAACAUGGGUCAGCUCAUUACCAGCCGGAAAAAGCAUAGAGUUUGUAUACAUCCAUAGUGCAUCUUUCGCAGACGUCUCAAUCUCUGGCUACACAUUGGCCUAAAAUCCAGAUUACGUGUUAAAAGAGAGAGAAAAAAAAAAAAAACACAUUCAUACAAACUAUAACUUUACGGGGUUUGUGAGGAUUGUGAAAGUAUACAAAAGGCUAAAAGCUACUCAAGGGAAGUCUUUGGGUUUAGCUGUGAAUUUCAGGUUUUUAAAAUAAGGUCCGAAGAAUAGAGGAAGAAUAGAGUGAAGAGAGUUUAUUUUUAAACAAGUGCUCAUCCUCUUUAACCUCCUCCUUCAUUAGGUCCUUUUUUUUGGUUUCUAAAUAUGGGAAGUGUGGCACUAUGUAGUUGAGUGAGUAUACAAGAAAACUAUACCUCUCAACAGGGUAAAAAGAGAGAUUAGAGUUUAUCUUUUCUGUUUCUUUUUUUGUUUGUGUGUGAUGUUUUUUGUAACUUCAAAACAGCUUUGAAGUUGUGUCUGUUUUCUUCGUGUUAUCACUUGUGCUGUUGUAAAUUUGGCAACAUCUCUUUAAAUUGCAAUAUGAAUAUAGAUUGUGCA